GGAAGCCGGGAGGGAACUCAUCAGAACUAAAGCGGCUGAAUUUAAACCGUCUGUAAAGUGGACCGCCCCUUCCCGGGACAUAGAACUGUCCAGUGUGAUCGGGCUGGAAGACACCAAGACUCAUAAACGGGGGUUCUGUUGCUCGGUGGAGGGGACAUGAGCCGCUCAGCAGACGGUGUUGAAGCUUCUUCUAUGACAGAGCUGUCAGAAUGGGAGAAUAUAAAUAAGAUUCUGAAACGUCAUGGCUGCUCUGCGGUGCCCGUGUCUCCAAGGGACGACCUUUCAGGGGGAGUGACCCUAGACUCGCAGGCAUCGCUGGCCCUCAGAACCGCCAUUAAAUCACUUGUGGAAGACACAGAGAGACGUCAGAACCUGAUCCACGGCCUCAUCCAGUCCAACAACCAACUCAAAGAUGACGUCCGUAUGCAGCAUGACAGAGCUGGGCACCAGCAGCAGAGAGCGGAUGAAUUGCAGCGCAUACUGGACAGCGUCAAAGCCAAAAUCCGGGAUCUGGAAGACGAGUUUAUCUGUAAGAUGCGUCAGCAGCAGAGCGAGGUGACUGGUUUACUGAAGGAGAAGGAAGUGGCACAUAAACAUUGUGAGAAGCACCAGGAGAAGCUGCGGGAGCAGGAGCGGAGCAUCGCACAGCUGAGGAAGCGUCUGUCCCAGGCGGCGGCUGCAGAGGAGAAGAGGCUGGAGAAUAGGAGGAAGAACUUCCGGCGUCUGAUGAAGCGGCAGCCACAGGAGAACAACUCUCUGGAUCAGCAGAUUCUCGAUCUCAUUGAUGGGUACGAGCGACGGGUGAAAAGGCUGCAGGAUGAGAUCAGGAAAUAUGAAUCCUCCAAGGAUCCGGUUCUGGAGAAGAGUCAUUCUGAAGGUUCACUGGACCUGGACACAACUCCAAAUUAUAAAGCCCUUAUCAAGUCUUAUCAGGAGCAGAUCCGAGAUGCCCGGAGGAAGGAAGAGCAGCUGGUGCUGGAGAACGGGCGUCUGCGGGAGGAGAUGGAGGCCCGACCUUCUGUCAGAGAAUUCAGAACCUACAAGCAGCAGAUGAAGAGAAUGGAGAAUAUUCUGAUCCAGAAUAACCUCAGGUACCGAAGUGGAACCCAAGUGAACAAGGAAGAGGCGGAGCCUCGCAGAUCGGAUAUCAUGGGGGCGGAGCUUCUGUCAGAUGGUGAAUGUCAGCGGCUCUUACAGAAUGUCUGCAGGGAGUUGGGCGCUCAGGAUCUGAAGAAUCUCCUUCCGGUCGCUGCAUCAAAAUUCAGAGAAGCAAAAACCUGUUAUAAGCUGCACAAGAUCCUGUCUGAUAUCAGUGCUGCGCUCCGUGGGCCCCGGGCCCCUCCACUGCUUUAUAAACACAGCUCCCGGCUCCAGGAGAACGGAGGGUCAGCAGCCACAGACGAGUCGGCCUUCCUGCAUCUGCUGCCGACCAUAGAACUGUGGGCCGGAGAGUUACUGUCGCUGCAGGCCCUGCAUCGGUCACUGACUAAGCUGAGGCAGAAGCUGCAGCCCGACCAGCAGGGGGACGGAACCGAGGAGGCGUCUGAGGGUGUCCGUGUGGAGGAGCUUCUGCUUCUGGUGGAUACAAUGAUGGAGGAUGCAGAGAAUCGGAGACAGGUGAGCUCCCCACACGUGCUGCAGGCGCUCGUCUCCCACUUCCAGAAGCUGUUCGACGUCCCGUCCGUGAGCGGCAUCUACCCGCGAAUGAACGAACUCUACAGCAAACUGGGCGAAAUGAACAACGCCAUGAAGAACCUGCGCUGCUUCCUGGGCCUGGAUGACACGGCCAGCGCAGGGACAGUGGUGAACGCCGUGGGGAGACUCAGCAAAGAGCAGGAGGAAGGAGGCGGCCAAGGCCUGCAGCGGAUCCUCGGCACGCUGGAUAUAGACAGCAUCAUAAACAAGGUCCAGGAGCAUGAGGAGUUCUUUCCAGCAUUUGAGGAGUUAAUAAAGGAUCUACUGGAUGUUCUAGAAAUCGAACACCUGGAAGAGAUUCUGCCCGAGGUUCAGAGGUUAAAAGAUCUGGAUGUACGAUGAUCACUGGUCCAACAUGUGACAACUAUACUGUCUGGGCAUGCUGGGAGUUGUAGUCUUGUAACAGCUGGAGAGCCACAGGCUGGCAUGGGAGCAGGGAGCUUCUAUAAUGUACAGCUAGCUCCCCCUGGUGGACGUACAUUAUGUGUCUAUCAGUGGUCUUCAAACUGUGGCCCUCCAGAUGUUGCA